AAAGUGAAAAAUCCCAAAUCAGUUGCCAGCCGAACGUCAAACGUGAAGCACGGUCGGUUGUUAUAAUCAAUAUACGAGUAUAUAUCCAUUUUUGCACCACCAUGAGUUCCGCGUCUUCGCGUCUGUUUGUUAAAACCAGACUAACUGCUCGCAUUGUGAUCGUGGGAUCGGGAUCCGCCGGAAUAGCUGCGGCCACCCGGCUCCUGGAGCUCGGAUUCCGGAAUGUUAUCCUCCUCGAGGCGGAGGAUCGGAUCGGCGGUCGUGUCCAUACGAUUCCCUUUGCCGAUAACGUCGUCGACUUGGGCGGCCAGUGGUGUCAUGGCGAGAAGGGAAACGUGGUAUACGACAAGGUCAAGGAUCUGAAUCUGCUGGAGGUCACGGAACCCCACUACGAGACCUACAGAUGCGUGCGAUCCAACAAGGAAGUGGUACCCGACGUCAUAGCCGAUCAACUGAAAGCUAUAGCUGAGAUGUCAAUACCAGACAGACAGACGGAGCUCCUGGACUUCGAGGGCUCCUUGGGAGACUACGUCAAUAUGAAGUACUGGAAGGAGCUGGCCAAGCUGCCGCCCAUUGAUCGCACCAUUGCGGAGGAGUUCCUGGAGGUGUUUCACAAAUUCGAAGCAUCUGUGGAGGGGGCGGAUCACCUGUUCGAAGUGUCCGGAAAGGGUCACCUGGAGUACUGGCUAUGCGAGGGCGAGCUGCUACUCAAUUGGAAGGACAAGGGCUACAAGAGCUUCUUGAGACUACUCAUGAAAGCGCGGGAUGAUCAGCCCGAAGAUCUCGGCAUGCUCAAGGAUCAUGUGCGGCUCAACAGAGGGGUUGCCGAGAUUAACUGGGCAGGAGCUGAUGAGCUUACCGUGCGUUGCUGGGAUGGCGAGCUAAUCACAGCGGAUCACGUCAUAUGUACUGUUUCCGUGGGAGUUCUAAGGGAGCAGCAUCCGAAACUAUUUGUUCCCGCCUUGCCAGCUGCCAAAGUGAGAGCCAUCGAGGGUAUCAAGAUGGGCACAGUGGACAAGUUAUUCCUGGAGUUUGAGAGUCCUCCGCUGCCUGCCGACUGGCCUGGCUUCAAUUGUCUUUGGCUGCAGGAGGAUCUGAAGGAACUGCGGGCCUCGGAACUCUUUUGGCUGGAGAGCGUUUUCGGCUUCUAUCCCGUCUCCAGGCAGCCACGCCUCCUGCAGGGCUGGAUCAUUGGUCCACACGCCCGGCACAUGGAGACACUUACCGAGGAGAAGGUGCUGGAGGGUCUGCUGUGGCUCUUCCGCAAGUUCCUGCCCUUUGAAACGGCCCAUCCUGUGCGAUUGCUGCGCACUCAGUGGCAUGCGAAUCCCAACUUCCGAGGCAGCUACACCUUCCGCUCCACCUACACGGAUGCGCUGAGAACUGGUGCCUGGGAUCUGGAGGCACCGCUCCAGGAUGUGGCCGGCAGGCCACGCCUCCAGUUCGCCGGUGAAUGCACCCACAAGCACUACUACUCCACGGUCCAUGGAGCCGUGGAAACGGGAUGGCGCGAGGCGGAACGAUUGCACCUCUACUACCAGGCGCGAACCUCUCAGCUGUGAGCUCACACCUGCUGAUUGUUUGAUGAUGAAUGUUUUCCGAAGCUGUGAAAUCAAGAUUGGCCACGGGCCACGGGCUAUGAAGCAUGGAUACUUAAUAUUUGUCUAGGCACAAGUUACUAUUGUGUUCCGUUGAGCCGUGGCGAGGAAAAUAUUUCUGCGCCUCUCGGGAGAAGAAGUUUUACGGCCGGAAUAAACAAUAAACAUGAGGAAAAAUAUAUAGGUGCUAUGGGUAAAUAAAAUAAAUAUACGCUUUUUGAUAUUUUUAUAAUUUUUUUGGAUAAGCAAAUUAGUAUUAAGUAUUCAUGAAUUACAAGAUAUGGAACAAUAAAAAAUACAAUUAAUGGUGUCAGUAAUGGUGCGAAAAUACAAGAUAGUAAAUGUUGAUAGUGUAAUAGGCAUUUAGUCGAGUCAAAAAUCUAAUCGGUUCAUCGGGUUUAGGGGGUUCUAAAGCGAAAAUUGCCGUAUCAAUACCUGGUAACCAUUUUAUAACUAUAAUUAAGCCUUCUAGAUUAGAUAUACAUUUUACAUCUCACGUGUUGUCGAAAGAGGCGUUUGGUUUUAGUCACCUCCUAAAACUAUAACUGUUAAAUGAUUCAUACAAUAAGAUAUACGUUAAUUUAGCAAUAUUUUACUGUGCACGUAGAUACUUAUGUACUUAAAUAAAAUACUUACUUACUUA